ACUGCAGUGUUUACUUUGUAUGGGAAGUUCCCAUCAGAAUAUUAACCUUAAAGAGUGGUUCAGUCAUCAGUGGCAGUAGCUUCAGAGCUCUUGAUAACGUUGGAACAUAUUCUUACACAAUGGGGAAUCAAGAGUCUGCCUUAAAUGACUCUCACAGUGAUCAUUAUCACCACAGCCCAGAACGUGUAAGUUAUCAAAUUGACUCCAAUCCUCAAUAUCAGCCUACUACAUAUGCAGAAAGCUCUGUGGAUUCUAACUAUCCAGCUCAAGAAACAUCAUACGCCGGGGGUUCAGAUAGAGCAAACUAUCAAAGGAACCAACAAGCCUCUUACAUAGCUGAUAACUUUAAAUCUUUGGAUGAGGUUGUUACCGCAUUGCGAGAAGCAGGCCUUGAGUCAUCAAACUUGAUUCUUGGUAUUGAUUUCACCAAAAGCAAUGAAUGGACAGGGAAGUCUUCAUUCAACCGGAAAAGCCUCCACUCAGUUGGUCACACAGCUAACCCAUACGAGCAAGCCAUCUCUAUAAUUGGGCGAACUUUGUCUCCUUUUGAUGAAGACAACCUGAUACCAUGUUUUGGAUUUGGUGAUGCAACCACACACGAUCAGCAUGUGUUUAGCUUUUACCCUGAUCAUCGGCCUUGCAAUGGAUUUGAGGAAGCUCUUACAAGAUAUAAGGAAAUUGUUCCUUAUCUGCAAUUAUCAGGUCCAACUUCAUUUGCCCCAAUAGUCAAUGCUGCAGUUGAUAUAGUGGAAGCAAAUAAUGGGCAGUAUCACGUCCUUGUCAUUAUCGCAGACGGACAGGUUGACACUCUGCCUGGAAGCCUUAGCCCUCAAGAACAGGCUACUGUAAAUUCCAUUGUUGCUGCUAGUGAAUAUCCUCUUUCAAUUAUUCUGGUCGGUGUUGGAGAUGGCCCAUGGGAUAAAAUGAAACGUUUUGAUGAUAACAUUCCACAACGGGCAUUUGAUAACUUCCAGUUCGUUAAUUUUACAAAAAUUAUGUCUGAGCGUUCAGAGAUGGCUAAGAAGGAAACAGCCUUUGCUCUUGCUGCACUAAUGGAAAUUCCAUUUCAGUACCGAGCCACACAACGCCUUCGAUUCAGAGAAAGCAAUACAGGCCCUCGUACAAGGCCAUUUCCUCCUCCUCGUGAAGUAAUUGAUCAUGACUUUGCUGUCAAAUCAGUGCCACAUGUGACAAGCUAUGAACCUGUUGACUCAGGAGCUGCAGAACAAGUUUGUCCCAUUUGCUUGACAAACCCAAAGGACAUGGCUUUUGGAUGUGGUCAUCUGACAUGCAAGGAGUGUGGUGCCACGAUACAAUUGUGUCCUUUAUGCCGGGACCCCAUUAAAACUCGCAUAAGACUAUAUAGCUAGAUGCCAGAACUAUCUCCCAAACUACCAAAGCUCCACAGUUGCUCCAGGAUGUCAACUAAAGAAGUUAUUUCUGAAGGUGUAAACUUUCCUUGUAAAUGAUCCAUAACCUAUGUAUAAAUUAUAUUGAGUUCUACAGUUGUCCCCAUUUUUUUUGUUUAUGCACAUUUUUAGUGUCUAUCUAGCAAAAUGUACAUAACUAAAUAAAAUGUAUGAUAAACUUGUAAGUUGAUAGUUGAUAUUCUUGUCACUGAUUCUGCUA